AGGCGAUGGACGCAUGUGAUUUGCCGGCGUUCAACCAAUAAGGUUCAACCAGACGCUAGCAACGGUUGCCCGAUGUUGCCAAGUGAAGACUUAACCGAUCAAUCAGACACCGACACCGAUCCAGAAGAUGCAGGAGUUGAACGCGAGAGGAAAAGAGCGGAAGCUGGUGACGAGGAUUUGGCUUUACGGGUAGUGGGUCUCAGCCAGCAGCACGCCAGCCGCAUGGCUGACCGGCUGGCUCUGGAGGACCUUAACCUGGCGGUCACUAAGGGCGAGGUAGUGGGUGUGGUGGGUGCCAACGGCGCUGGCAAGUCCACUCUUUUCAAGCUACUCGUCGGGGACGGCAGUCCCCCAUCGUCAGGUAAGCGCCUGGGUCCCUGA